AUUAGCAAUCCUUAAAGUUUUAUAGGAGUCUGUCAGAAUAUCAUUAUGUUUAUAUAUAUUAAAAAGUUUGUGGACUUUUACGAAUCAUACAUCGGUAUUAUUUGCUGUAAUAUUUUUAAGACAAGGAAAACCAGGACGUGAAAUGUUGGCGCUUGUUUUUGUUGUUGUUUCUUUGCUGACCACUUGGACAACAAGAGUUUCCGGAUUGAAUUUCACGUUGUCAAACUCGCGAGUUAUAGUAGGAACUACAGGAAAACUGUCCAUGACAUGUCAGAUUACAGAAACAGACGUUGGAACAUUCUAUCACAUACAGAUACGGCGAGAAACAAAUUCAAGAUGGUGGACAAUGGCACAUAUCGAAGCAGGUGUUACUGAAAUCCCAGCUUUACAUAAAGACAUUGUUGAUGACAAGGAAUUUGUUGUUGGUGGUAUUCUGGAUAAAGAAAACCAACUAAACACUCAUAUAACUUUAGAAAUGAGUAUUGAAAAGAUGACUUAUGAUGAUGCUAGAGUAUAUGCGUGUGAGUUGGCGUAUAAAAGCAAAAAUUCUGCAAGCACUCUCUCACGUUACAGUUGUGCCACGCUUAUAAUUGAGGGUAAAUGCUUUUUUAUAUUUUUGUUAUGA